CGAAUAGUGAAAGAGCUGAAGUUCAGUGAAACGCGGACGUCUCAUAAAUUUUUGUAACACACUGUGACGGACAGCAAAAAAUACAAAAGGCGUUUAAUAAGACCGACCCUACAAAUAAGAUUAACCUGCUUCUUGCUAAUAGGCCGCACACAACAACACACACACUAGCAGCGAGCGUGCUAGAAAACGGCAUUUCAACAAACGCCGUACAAACGCUGAAAUCAAGCGCUUGUUUGGCAUUCAUGGGUUGUCUUAAGCCGGCAGGCUUGCUACCUGUUGCUGCCGCCAGCCAAGAACCAAAAUAGCCGUUGUUUACUAUACACUCUCCCGCUCUCUGGCACGCGCACUCUCUAACGCUGGACAUGCUUCUUCGACAACGUCCCACGGCGUUCAUUCAACUCUGUUUGCUGCCGCCAACGGUUAUGUUUUUGUAAGCCGUUUGUUUGUGCCGCGCACUACGGACUAUUUUUUUAUUGUAUUUGUAUUUGCUGUGUAUUGAGCAUCGCUGUUUUGUUAUGAUUUCGAAUUUCCAUUUUCCCCACUCUUUGUUUGCUUUCGCCGUUGUUGUACGACGUGUGGCGUUUAUGGUGGCUACGGUUCCCGUUUUGGCCACGACCCUUUACACGACGUCGCUUUUCGUUUGUCAUAACCGAGUAGUUGGCUCGCGCUAAAUCUCAGCUUCAACUGGCGCACAGCGCUUUGGCCGUAGUCAUCGCCGCGCCGUCAUCGCGAUCGGGGCAACUUGUGCACACGCUGCGGGGUUUUGUGCUCAAAAUCGUAUCGAACAACUUUCCCAGAGUUUGGCGGCUUGUGGUGCUUUCUCGCCCCUCACCAACUAUUUGUGUAGUGUUUUGGUGGUUAGGUGCGACGUCAUCGAAAGGCGUGCGACGCCGAUACACCGUCAUUCUAAGUGUACGCUUUGGCAUGUCGCGGUGAAAGUUAAUUGUAAACAAUUAUUUUUGUCGCUGUUCGUAAUUAAAAACGAAAUAAAUGACGUUCACCCAAGACUUUACUCGCGCCUGCGCAGUCGCCACACCGCCAACCGCAAUGUCGGCGGUACAAGCGAACCAGCAACGCAUUAAAUGUGGCGAAGUCUUCAUUUGGGACUGUGUCGGUGAACUCUUUGCCAUCGAAUGUUUGCUCUGCGAGGAGCAUCCACUCUGCACGCUAUCCGAAUUCGCUGAACACAUGGAUAUUUGGCAUUACGACUGGACGGCUGAGGCGCACGCCUCAUUACCCGAUACUACAACAACAGCGGAUGGCUGUGAGUUAUUACCCCAGCAAUGGACGGAGAUCGAAAGCUCAGCAGCCGCCGAAGAGCGCCACACAGAUAUGCUGAGCAAUAGCAACAACUUUGAAGACAACUACAGCGACUCGGAAACCAUAUCAAUGGCGUCCGAUUCGUCGGAAACUGGGUCAUGGCAUGCAGCCACGCUACUCGAAAGUGACCACAACGUAGCAAUAAUGCAGAAUGUCACCGCUGUAAGCUCAACUGAAACCUUUGAAGAGCUACUUUGCGGCGCAGCGGUUGGAGUGUGGGGCAAUGUGAAUGAUCUGCGCAGCAGCGGAGAGGUGUAUGUAGAACGAGCGCAGAGUAGCGAAGCUGAAGAACUGGCAGCGGACAGCGCGCAAGCAAACACAAUGGGUACUAUUGUGAAGAAACGGGUUGAGAAUCCACUACUGAAACGCUUCAGAACCGAGAAAUUAAUAGAGAUUUAUGAAAAAUUUCCCGAACUCUGGCAUAAAGACGAACGCAGUAGCCAAAAGCCUGAGGCACAACUGAAGGCAUAUCGCAGCAUCAGCCAGAAACUAAAGAAAGUUGGUAUACAUCUUAAAACGGCGGCUGUACAACGGCGUCUUAAUGCGCUACGCAAGCGUUAUCGCCUCGAGAAACUGGAGGAGCUUAAAGCUCAUUUGAAGGGUCAAAUAUAUGAAAGCAGCUUCGAGUACUAUGCGCACUUACAAUUCUUGAGGGAGCACAUCGAACCACAGUUGUGCAAGAUUUGCAGGCGGAUUUGUAAAGAUGCAAAGGAAUGUUGUGAGGGCGGAGAUGAAACGGGCGCAGAGAAAUUGCCGAUAGGCAAUGAAGCUGCAGAAAAUGGCAAUGUGGUUGCAGAAGGAAGGGAAGCAAAUGAGGCACUGUGCGUUGUCAGAGAGGCAAUACAAGCAGACGAAGAAAGCAUUAAAGAAAGUACCGAAGAAAGCAACGAAGAAACCACUGAAGAAAACAGCGAAGGAAGCAGCGAAGGAACUAACGAAGAAAGCAACGAAGGAAGCAACGAAAAAAGCAAUGAAAAAAGCAACGAAGGAAGCAACGCAAAAAGCAACGAAGAAAGCUCCGAAAAAAACAACGAAGGAAGCAACGAAGCGAGUUCUGAAGAAAUCAACGAAGAAAAUUCUGAAGAAAGAAACGAGGAAAACAACGAGUUACAACAUUCUGUUAACGAAAUAACGCUUCAGCUAAGCAAAUCUGCAGCAGAACAGUUCGAGGUUAUGGUCGAAGAAAUUUUGAAAAGUGAGUACGCAAUGCAGGAGGCGAAUUUAGAAACAAGUGAGUUGGAGGUCGAAAGUAAUGAAUUCGAACCAGUUGAUACCUCACCACACGAAGUUGUGAUGGCCAUAGAACAGUCGAAUGGGAGCGUAGAAGGGCCUAUGUUGCAAGAGAACUACGAAAUAAAUGAAAAUCCGGAUGUAAGCGUAAAGGAGUCAAUGGAACUGGUAUCAGUUGUGGAUACCACGAACAAGCUACAAAACACUACCACGCUUAUAGAACAAGCGAAUGGGAGCCUAGAAGGGUCAAUAGUGCAAGAGAACCGCAAAGUAGACAGAAAUCAGAAUGAAAGCGUAAAGAAAUCUAGGCUACCGCGACGCUCGCUGCGGAAUAGAAGUAAGGUAGAAAUUUUGGAGGUGAUAGAACUGCCGAGAAUGCAACCUUUCAAGGCACAAGAGCCCGCAAUUAGCACCUCAACGCCACAUGACCAACAGACCGCAGAUAUACACGAGUGCAGUUUUGAAGCUAUGAGCAACGCUGACGAGAACAUGGCAUCGGAGGAGUAUGAUUCUUCGAAUGGUGAUUCAGGUAUACUGCGCGAUUACGAUGAACAACCCGAUGCCGAGACAAACCACGCCGACGAGACUGGAUCUUUUGCGCGACUCACGGCUGAGCAAACGCACAAAUUGAUAGAACUCUACGGUCAAAAUCCGCUGCUUUGGGACCCCGACCAUGCAGACUUUAGAGCGCGCGUGCGGCGGCGUAAUGUUUGGCGUCAAAUAACAGCACAGUUGAAUGCGCACUUCCAAAAGCACUACACUUGGACGAAGGUGCACCGCAAAAUGCACGAUUACAUCAAGUAUUAUCGGCGCGAGCGGCAGCGCAUCGAGUUGGAGGGCGGCUGUACGCGUUGGUGCUUCUAUGACGACUUUGCUUUUCUCAAUGAAGUGCUGGCUGAGCAGAGCAGCGAUGCGCCAAAGCUGCUGCUGAACAAGCAACAAAACAUGAAAAUCAUCGAGGUGUAUGCCGCGCAUCCACAACUGUGGGACACCAAUCAUGCACUCUACAAGCGGCGACGCCUACGUCAGAGCAUUUUCAAGGCGAUAAGCGAUCAACUGCGCGACGCGCACAACGUAAAUAUAUCAACGCUUAAGCUGAAACAGCGCAUUGUGGAGUUUCGCUGCACCUAUCGUAUGGAGAAGGAGCGACGCUGUGCCACCGAGCAGCGAGGUGGAACUUAUGAGCCCUGUUACGAGUACUAUCAACUACUUAGCUUUCUGGACGCGCAUAUAGCGCCGUUCCAAUGCGCGGAGUGCAGCGCACAAUUUAAAAAACACACCGAAAUCGAGCGUCACAUGCGGCAAGCUCAUAGCAAAAAUAAAAAGAAAACCAUUAUCAAGCAGCGCGCGAAGUCGAUCGCCCGCGAAGCGAAACCUGUCACACUAGAAAAUGUCUGCCACAUUUGCGGCAUAAGUUUCACGCUGAGUCGCAACCUCAUGUGUCACCUGAAGCGUCACACAAAUCAGCGCGAAUACAAGUGCGUCCACUGCCCGAAGAAGUUCUUUGACGGCGCCACCUUGCGUGUGCACGAACGCUCACACACCAAAAGUCGCCCCUACGUCUGCGACCAGUGCGGCGCCGGCUACGCGACAGGCAGUAAGCUGAAUCAGCACUUGAAGCGUCACAGCGGGCAACGCGACUUUACGUGUGAACUGUGCGACAAGGCAUUCUACACGGCUUUCGAAUGCGAGCGUCACAUGCGCACACACAUGAACAUACGCGAGAAGGUGUGUCCCAUUUGCGGCAAAGACUUCGGCGUCGGCUCGGGCUACUAUGCGCACAUGCUAUUGCAUACGGGCGUCAAACGGUACAAGUGCAAAAUGUGUGGCAAGCAAUUCGCGCAGUUCGCAGGCCUCUAUAAGCAUCGUAGACGCUAUCACCCGAAAGAGUUUGCGUUGGAACGCGCGAAGAAGGGCGCACGCGUCGCAAAGGAGGUGGCGGACAAGUAACUGUAUAUAUUCAGUUCAUGAAGGAGAGGUUUAAAGCAUUUACAGCAACAACAAUGAUGGCAACAACAAUUAAGACAACAACCAAAACGACUUUAAGAGUAAGCCGUUCUCAAGACAGUGGAACUUCAAACUGACUGGGCUCGUAUUUUUAUCCGUUCAUGGGCUGUCAACUGGACAAAAUUCUUUCUAAUAACUUCAGGGAUGCUUUCUGCCGACACAUCAACAACAGCGAAAACGAAAGAACAACCCGUUCCCACGACAAUCGGGUCUACGUAACCGAACGAACCCCGACUUGUAUCGUGCCAAAAACUGUCAUCCGGCAGAAUUCCGCCGCAAUAACAAAAACAACAUCAGCGAAAAAGAGAGGUCAGCAUACCAGGUUUUUGACACUUCGUAGCCUCUUUUAAAGAACAAGAGUCUCAACUUGGCGGAAUUCUGCAGCUACAACAACAACAAUGAAAGGUCAGCGUAUUACAGUUUUAGGCACUUCGUAGACUUUUUGAAAGAACCAGACUAAAGCGCUGCCUCACUCCCACCUUUUUCGCACCCGUAAUUGUCUGCGCUUCUCACGCGCGCUCUAGUUAAGCGCCUUUACAGUUAUAGCGCUAUAUAUAGAACAUGAUUUUUCAGCGAUUAUUUGCUCCAGUUAGAAUUCAGGCAAUCAAGUGUUAAAAAAGUGAUUUUGCCAAAAUCUCUAAACUACUUUACACUACUUUAUAUUCAAAUAACGGUAUCGAAAAGUCUAAACAAACACUCACCAGUUAAAACACCAGCUACUUUUAGAAUAAUGCUAGCGGCUUACUUAGUGCAAUUUGUUAAUUUGGCUAUGCCAUGUUAUGCGGCAAGAGUUUACUUUGUAGAAACUAUGAAAAAAAAAAUGUGUUUCAGUAAAAAAUUGCAAGCAAAUACCGUCUCAUAGCUCACCAUAUGACGGAGCUUAGCUGCUGGUGCUUGGUUAGUGCCAAAUGACCGCUUUAGCUG